AUGGAAGCUGAACAUGUGCUGAAGAGAAGACUCGAAGAAGUGAAGGAGCGCAUGGAACAAGCUGCUCGAAAUAGUGAGGAAAUAAUGCUACCUGUGAAGAACUGGUUGAAUGACGUGGAGAAAAUUCUAGAGAAUGUGCAAGAGUUGCAACAAAAGGCUGAAAAGGAAGGAAAGAGUUGUUUCAACGUGUCUCUCAAGUAUUCCUUAGCAAAACAAAUGGAUAAUAACGCAAAGAGGAUGAUGGAGCUAAAAAAGGAGUCCUACUUUGAGAAAGACCAUUUUUCUCAUCUAAUCCAACUUCCUGACAUCACUCACUUCUCUUCCAAAGACUUUGUGGAUUUUCAGUCAAGGGAAUCUACUUAUAAGGAUCUUUUGGAGGCAAUUAAAGACGAAAAGAACAAGAUGAUCGGACUCUGUGGUAUGGGCGGUUCAGGUAAAACCACUUUGGCAAAAGAAGUAGGCAAGGAAGUGGACAAGAUGAAGAUUUUUGAAAAGGUCAUCAUGGUCAUUGUUUCGAAACCUCCUCUAAAUGUUACAAAAGUUCAGCAAGAUAUAGCAGAGCAAAUAGAUUUGAAAAUUUCAGAUCAAACUCCAUUGGCAAGAGCACAAAGGCUGUCAAAUCGAUUGAAAAAUAAGAAGAUUCUUAUAAUCUUGGAUGAUGUGUGGGAAUAUCUAAAGCUUGAAGAUAUUGGCAUUCCACUUGUUGAAGGUUGUCAGAUCUUGUUAGCAACUCGCCUUCGCAAUGUAUGUGGCUUUAUGGGUUGUAAGACUAUUGAACUGCCUUUGAUAACUAAGGAGGAGGCCUGGGAAUUAUUCAAGAAACAUGCAAAUCUACGCAAUGAUUCCUCAAAUAUGUUUGAUGACAUAGGAAGGAAAAUUGUUAAUGAGUGCAAGGAGCUACCGAUUGCAAUAAUAAUAGUUGGAAGCUCCUUAAAGAGAAAACCUAUUAGAGCAUGGGAGUCAGCACUAAGAGACUAG